AUGGUCGCUGGCGUCGUCCGGUCUCAGACGCUGGAGGAGAUUUGGCCGGCGCUUGAAAUCGGACUCGAUGACAUCUUCCACCAGCGGAGGCUCGACGAGAAGCGAUACAUGCAACUCUACACUCAUGUUUACGACUACUGCGCUAACGGGCCCCGCGAUGAUGAACGCAUGGAGACGAAGAAUCCAAAUAUGGACCUCAGCGGUGGAGAUGUCUACUACAAGCUCGCCGAUUAUCUGGCGGGUAGAGUGGAGAAGGCGUACCAAGAGGCAGCUGCUUUGAACGAUGAGGACCUGGUGCGCCGCUACAGUGGUCUGCUAGAGCAGUAUUUGUUCUAUUUCAAGGUGACGAACGGGAUCUUCAGCUACCUGAAUAAGCACUGGAUAAAGCGCCAGAUCGAGGAGCGCAAGGGCGGCCAGUACUAUUACGUCUACCUGUUGGGAUUGGUCAAAUGGCGAGACUUGUUCCACAUGAAGCUCGAUGAGCGGGUUCGGCGCGGUCUCCUCGAUAUGAUUCGUCAGGAUCGUGACGGCAACCCCACCGAUCGUGCGCUCGUCUCAAAGAUUGUCCGUGCCUACGUGAUGCUGGGCAUCAGUGACGAUAUGAUCCAAGAACAGCCCUAUGAGUGCAAGCGCAGCGAUCACACGUUCUACCAAGACAAUUUCGAGGCUGCUUUCCUGAAAGAAACGGAUGAGUACUACACGAUCCAGGCCGAUAAGUGGCUGCAAGAUAACCCGUUCACGAUAUACAUGCAAAUUGUUGAGCGUCGAUUGGCUGAUGAGGCGGACCGUUGCACCCAAAGCCUUGCCUCGUGCACCAGGGCGCCCCUCAAGCACAAGUGCGAAGAGGUCCUCAUCCAGCGCAAAAUAGAACUCUACCAACGCGACUUUGGGCCGCUGCUCGAGGACCAGCGCGAUGACGACUUGGGCCGUAUGUACAAGCUCUGCAGCCUCAUCGAGAAUGGCCUGAAAGAGCUGAGGACUGCAUUGGAGAACCACGUUACAAGGAACGGCCUUGAUGUACUCGCUGCUGUCGCCGCUAAGAACCCCAAUGAUCCCCGCGAGUUCAUGAGCUCAACGCUGGAGGUCUACAAGCGUUACCACGGCCUCGUCACGAAGGCUUUCCAAAACGAGCCCGGCUUCAUCCAAGCCCUCGACAAGGCCGCCGAAAACUUCAUCAACCGCAACGCCAUCACUGAACACUUUGGGCGUGACGGCAAGCACUCCGUGAACAAGGUGCCCGAGCUGAUCGCCCGAUACUGCGACUCGCUGCUCAAAAAGUCGAAGGACAACCCGGACGACUCGGAAAUGGAUGAUCAGCUGCAGAACGUCAUCAAUGUCUUCAAGUACAUCCAAGACAAGGAUAUCUUCCAGCAGUACUACACGAAGCUGCUCGCCAAGCGCCUCAUCCAAGGACUCAGCGCCUCCGAUUCAGCCGAGAGCGCCAUGAUCUCGAAGCUGAAAACGGCGUGUGGCUUCGAAUACACCAACAAGCUCCAGCGCAUGUUCAACGAUACCGAGAUUAGCAAGGACAUCACCAGGAAGUUCAAGGAGCAUUGCAAGGAAAAGAACGCUCAAUUUGCGGUCGACGUGAACGUGAUGGUGCUGGGUGUCUCAUCUUGGCCCACGUUGCCGCUUGUCGAAAUGCAUCUUCCGCAUCAGCUCACCGACGUCAUUGAGCAGUUCACUGGCUUCUACAACACGAUGCACACCGGCCGCAAGCUGAGAUGGUCGUAUCAACAAGCCCGCGGCGAGCUCAGCACCAACCGCUAUCCGAAGAAAUACGUGUUCCUGGCCUGGACGACACAGAUGGCGGUGCUGAUGCUCUACAACGAGCAGGACUCGUAUACGCUUUCCGAACUGAUCGCCCUGCUCGGUAUCGACAGACCGGCUCUCCUGCCAAUCAUCAGCAGCUUGAUCAAGACCGAGGUGCUGAAAUCGGUUGACGUGUCCAAGGACCAGGAGCUGACCUCGGCCACUCCGGACACCACCGAAUUCGCGAUCCAGGACAAAUUCCAAGCCAAAAAGUUCCGCGUGGACCUGAUGAAGGUGCAAGUGCGCUCGGAGGUGAAGAAGGAGAGCGACGUCGACACAAAGCAGAUCGAGGAAGAUCGUCGUGUCGUCAUUGAGGCCUGCAUCGUCCGCAUCAUGAAAAUGCGAAAGCGUUUGGUGCACAACGAGCUGAUCGCCGAGGUCAUCCAGCAGCUGCAGCGUCGUUUCAACCCGGCCCUUCCGAAGAUUCGCGCAGCCAUCGACUCGUUGAUCGAACGCGAAUUCCUGAAGCGAUCCGACGAGUCGAUGAACAUUUUCGAAUAUAUCUCU